AGCCCUCCUGUUCGAGGUCCCUUCUGUGGCUCUUCAUCAUUUCAUUUCCUUUUACUACCAAUGUGAGAGUCUUACUGAGAUCGACUCCUGCCCAAGGGUACUUCUACCAAAGCUGCCUUGUGUCUGCGUCAAAGGUUGGGUUUUAAUCACAUUGUUGUUUAGGAUUUUCAAGGUAGGCGUUCGAAAUUUUCUCUCGCGUUCGCGAUGUCGUCAUUCUUCGAACGAACGAAUUGUUGGUUAUUGCUCAUGUGUUGAGCCAUUUGUUAACAAAUUGUACUUUCCCUGAUUUGUUUCAGCGUCUUUCUGCAGCACCAUUGUGGUCAAGAAUUAGAAGAAAUCUAUGACGAUGAACUGAAGAGCUUAACUAGCAAAUUUAAGGUGAGUAUUUCCAUAUUAUUGUCAUAUGAUCUUUUUAGUUUCGCACUAUCUCAAAAGCCACGUUGCGUAGAGCGCCUGGGUAGUUCUUUCUCACAAACCCCGGCCUUAUGAAUUCCGAUUCACAUCAUUUGCCUGCUCGUUACCUUUUUCACCAGAAGCAUCUUUCAUGUUGUCGAUCAAUUCAGUGAGAGACUUUCGCGAAAGUACCGGUACGAUAGCCUUGAAUGAAGAAGUUUUUGUCUAGGCCCUUCAUGUUUCGAUGUCAUAGUAUGAAGCAGUGAAAAGUUAUCAGUGCAGUGAAUCAGGACUUUGCGAAAGUCAAACACCAGACUCUGAUAUAUUCCGAUUAACUACAAAGUCAUGUCAACAUGCGAAUUUUAUUUGUAAUAAAUAUCCUUUACGACACGUGUUUUUUCCGAGCACAUUGCUCGAUCGUUGAAAGCAAAUUACAAUAUGAAAUAUUUCUCUGACUCGAAUAAUUACUCUUUCGGUUUCGUUGCUGAAAUACCCUCACAUGUUUGGAGCCUUUAAACAGCAGAGAUUCUGAUUUUAGGCUGCUCCUCUCGUGGUGUCUUUUCCAGAAUUAGCCACGAUGUCCUUUGGGACUUAAGUUUUAUUCUUCUCGGAAAUAGUAAAUUGUGUGCAUUCUAUUAGAGGUGAUUGUAAUAUAUGAAAUCAUAAAAGGAGUCACUCGACCGGAUUUAUUCGCAAGUUAGACCACAAUUCUGCUAUUGAUGUUGGCGAGUAAGUCUAGUUAUCUGCAGUGGUUUCAGAAGGCUUACGCAAGUGCUUUUCAAGCAUCGUUUCUUUGUUAGGCCUUUGUGUUUCGCAUCGUAAAAUUUCAAUAUAUUAUUAAAUCGGCCGCAUGGCACUGCGCUGUUUUGUUGAUGGGUAGUUACAGGUACUCUUUCUCGAUGUUUCAUCGACUUACGAGACUUUGAUUUGAGGUUUAUAUGGUCUCUUCUGUUGCGGAACGAUUUCAUACUAGGCGACUGUUGUCGAUGUAAUAUGUAAUUUCUGGAGUUUUGCCCUGAGCGUUACCUUCUCCUUAGAAAAUGAAAGUACGGAUAAAUAAAUUAUGAACCAUGUUUUUCCUGUGUGAAGGAAGUUGACUAGCUUCCAAAGUGUUACUGUCUGAAAUGUUGUGAAAAAUUCCUUGAAAGAAAUCCAUGAUGGCAUUCUGUUCCACAUCUGUGGCGGAAAAGCUGCCUAAACACCACAGUGAAUGAUGUUUUUGUAAUUCAAUCUCGCAUGGUGUGUUUUUUAAUUUCUCGAUACAUGUAGCUUGUGGAUCUGGCCAUUGUUUUGAAUAGAUUUUAAAAAGCACUAGAACAAUAUCGACCAAUUAAUUUCCCUCAAAAGCAUGCAGUGGCACAACAGUUUUGUGUAAUUGUCAAACGAUGAACGUUGCCGUUUUUCAGUGAGCAGUACGUUCGUGCACAAGGAGGUUUGCACUCGGCUAUUAAACCCAGCCGUGAGGAAAUCCUUUUUGCCCCCCUUGCCAGCCAUCUAUUUUUUCAAUUCAUAAUAAUUUUCCUGCAACUUAAAAAAACAGAGAUUAAGUGUCUUGGUAACGGAGGACGCACAAAGUUUGUUUUUGGAAAAAAACAUCUUUACCACAAGAGACAACUUUUUGCUAAAUUUUAUGCGUGUUGGAAUUUUAUUUUAUUUUUUAAUCACUUAAAUUAUGGUAAUUUUUUUUGCGUCAGCAUGUUACUUUCUUUCCAUAUGGUCAGAGAUAAAAAUUAAUGGACACCAUAAUGCCGAAACGCGUUUUGCAUUUACAAAUAAAGUUCAGUAUUUUCGUGCGACCUUAAAAAUAAAAUCUGUUGAAACAUUGUGCAAACUUGGCUUUCGAAGUUGUUGACAGAGCAAACACAGGUUUUUGAAGUAAAGAAUCUGCUGUGGCACAUAAAUGAAACAUACUGCCUUGAAACAUGAAAUAAAUCAAGCCAAUUUAUCAUUGUGAAAUGACCUGGCCAAUCCAAUCAGAGCUGCAAAAUUAGCCUGAAGUGUACCUGGUUCUAAUUAUUUUUUGUUGAUAAAUGGUAGUUUUGAGAUUAAAUUAUGUUUUGACCACAUUGCUUCGUUUUCAUUUGUUUACAUUCACAAAUGAAAAAUAGCUUAGUAAUUACUUUGCCUGCUGAAAUGUUUGAAUAUGACAGAGUGACUUUCUGUAUGAAGUAAAAAUCUCUGAGAUCAUUUUCAUUCUUAGAGCACACUUUACAUGAACACUAUUUGAAACAAAAAUAAUGCGAAUAGUGGUUCUGAUUUUUUUCAAUUAUUUUUCAUUUCCAACAUGCUGAACUCCAGCUAAAGUAGAAAAUGCUUUCAAUUAAUAGUCAACAGCCUGUGUUUCAUGCUAAUUUGUACCACUUUAUCACAUGAAAACCUCAGGUGACAUUGUAGUGUAGUUUUCACCACAUUGUUGCCAUAGUGAUAAACCACUGUCCAUAAACAGAAGGGGGAUAGGUGCGAGGUAACAGUAUUUUUUAAUCCUUGCACACUAGUUGUGUGAUGGGAAAAAGUAGGACUCUUUUAAGCAUAGAUUUCGAUCUACCUCUCAGAUGACGAUAGCUUUUAUCAGUGAAUCACAUGGGCCAUGAAUCAGAUGAAAAAAUCAAGGAUAUCUCCACUGUCAUCAUUUUAUCUCCUGCUGAUGUGGAAUACACUGUGGGUUUCUCCAGAUUAAAUUUUCCAGACUUGUUUUUUACUAUGGAAAUUAUCACAUGCUUUGCGUGAGAACAGAAUUGACAGAAAUCAUGGUAAAUCAAGUUUUACUUAAUAAAUCAGUUGGAAAUGGCUGAACGUCAGAAUAAACUUAGGUAAACACCUUGUGUUACCUACUCAAGACUCAUGGGAAUGAUUUCAUGGGAUAAAAUCAAUUUCAGUCUGCUUGCACUAAAAGUUUUAAGGACAGAGCUUAUUCUAGUCUCAGAAGCAUGAGCCAACUAAGGGUCAGAAUUCUCUCUUUGCAAAGACUUCUAAUCCUUUGCAAGUUUCCAAUGAUAAUUUGGCAUUGUCAGUGGAGUGACGCAUUGCUUGCCCCUUUAAAUCCUAAGAGCGACUAGCAUCUGAUUUCUCCUUACAGUAAUGCAGCUGAAUCAUUUUUAAGAUCAUUAGAAUAAAGGAAAUGAUUGGCACACUAAUGAGCUCCGAUUGUGAAACGAAUUCUCCUUGUCAGUACCCCAGGAAAUGUAUAGAGAACAGUAUGGAGAAUAUGCACACUGACGUUAAGUUAGGGUUUAACUACCUCACUAGAUAGUCUCCAUAUUCCUCAACCUAUUCCUGACAUGUCUUAAUUUUCAUGUAGACUCAGUCUGUUCUGGUUCGCACAAACAUUCUUCAAGAAAGGGGUUCUGUUUUUUUUUUUCUAGAUCUCCUUUCUGCUUACAACACCUGAAGCAUCAAACUCUCUCUCAAACUCCCCCCUUACAAUGAAUCCUCUCUGACUCCUUCCCUUUCUGCACUGAACACAACUUUAUCCCACUAACUUUUAUCCCAAACCCUCCCCCCCUCCCUUUGACACCUCAGCCAGAACCUCUGCAGACUGAUAUGCAAUAUUCUGUUUCUGUUGAUCAAUUCAUAAGGUACAUGAAAAAAUUACUUAGUUCUGAUUGGUUAAGAUAAAUGCAGUUUUCAGGCAAUUCAAUGCAGAAGGUGGUUAGUUCAGUGCAAAGAAAUAAACCAGACUGAACAAUUCCGUGAACUGUUUAGCCAGACUUUGAACCUUUUUGCUCCUUUAAUGUGUGAAAAUAUUAUUGUAUAUUAUUGUUUUGACUGUACACAGUUGUUUUGACCAAAUGUACAAUGUCACUUGCAGGUUUGAAUAAAUUAUCACACUAAAUGCGCGCGCUUUGCUUCUGCAUAAUUAUGAUAAUUUAGCUAUCUAUCUAUUUUUCUCAUACAAUUUGGAGUAAACAAGCACUUGUAAAUUUUUUCAAAGACCACAAAUUGCACACGCCUUACGGGCUCAUGCAAUUUUGUCAGUCUUUGAAAAAAUGUACUUGUGCUUAUUUAUUCCAAAUUGCAUUCAAAAUUAUGUGAUUAUUUAUACUAAUAACAUCUAAAGCAGAUACUGAAUAAAAACAAGGACAGUCAUGCAUUGUAUGUAUUGGGUGAGUGUAGCCAUGUUGCUGCUCACUUAGGAGGGCAAAUAACUUGAUUUAAAAAUGGAUGUGACAAUUUGAGUCGCUCCAGUAUAAAGAAUCUGAAUUUGCGAUAAGAAGUGUUAUGUCGGAACCCCACAAAAUUGUUGAAAAAUUGGUUAGACCUUGGGCAAUCAAAGGUCAGUUUGUGCAAUAAAGUUGCCACUAAUGUUUUAAAAUGGAACAACAUAAACAUAAGCCUCAGGAAUACUCGUGCUCUUCUUUAUUUAAUGAGAAGUCUUUUAUUUGUAAAGCUAAAUUACAUAUUCUUGUUAAUGAAAAAUCCAUUGUAUAAAUUUUUUUGAAAUCUGUCAUUGAAAGCGUUAGAAUUAGUACUGUAGUCAUAGUGUUUUCAAAGAAGACUCUACAAAACUGUCAAUCAUCAUGAGUUCACGUCUUAAUUACCAAACAUGGUAAUGGUCAUGUGAAUUUACUUUAAAAAUAACCUUGCCAAGGCGGGCAAAAAAAGUGGGAGUGAUAUUUGAAUUUAUGUAUCGCAGCAAAACAAAUAUCAAAAAAUUGAGCAAGGAAAAAUUACUUCUGACAGGGAAUCUAUGUUGUGAUUAGAUGCAGGUUUUGCCCUGACAGAACCUUCUGAUGGUUCUAAAAUGAUUGCCUGUUUCUAUUUCAAGGUAUUUGAUAUCUUCUGAUAGAAGGCUUUCAUCAUGUGACAAGCACUUGUGACACUCAGAGCUACGCUGAACUGUAUCUAAGGGCUGCAUGACAGUCCUUUACAGAAUUUCACUCCUAACAUUGCACAGUGAUGCAUAUGGAUUCUUGUAAAAUAAUUUCACAUAGAAAUCCUCAUUUAAGUCACACUUUGUAACGCGAAAGUGCUUUUUUUUUAAACAAGCAUUUACACAGUAACAAAGGUUUGUUUUCUGAGCAUAUGGAGUGAGAGACUCAAAACACUUGGCUGACAAUAACUCUUCACAUGACUCUGGUGAUGACUUCUACUAAUGUUAUCAAAAUGUCAGACACUGCUAAUGACAAUAGUUCUUCUCAGGGCUAUUCUCACCUGGAAGAUCAUAAUAUUCUAUGAUCACAUGGAUCAAAUGUUGCUUCUUGGUUUGAACCAUUUAUGGAGUUGGGGAUUAUAAAAACAUCAGAGAUGCUAUGAAAAAAUGUUUAUUUUUUUGGAACUUUUGGCUUCCAUUGAGUGAGACACAAGAAGAAAUUAUUUGUUGAAACAAACCAAAAGAUCUAACCAUUUGAUCUACUGUGGCUGCUUCCACAAAUUAAUUUGCUUGGAUUAAAUUCUCAACAGAAGUUGCCAAAAGGAUUUAGAGAUUAACUGGAGUGGUCUGUGUUGUCUAAAUCUGGUAUGCAUCAGUCAUAUCUCUGUUUAGUCAAAUUAAAAGAAAAAUUUGUCAAGAUUCUUCUAGAAGAAUUCCAGUGAGUUCAAAACAAGAACAUGGAAAUUUUUGUGAAAUAUUCUUUUAUGAAAUAGAUGGUAUGAUAAUGAAAACAUUGUUUAAUGAUAAACAAAAUGCUUGAAUGCACAGUCAACGCCCAGAUAAAGAAGCUUAUUAUAUAGAGAGAGAGAGAAAAAGAGAGAGAGAGAGAUGUUUUCAGAGUAGAUCCAAAGAGGCAUCGGUAAGCAAACAAACAUUUUAAGCAGCAGAGUCAUCUGCUUAUGGCACUAGAGGUGAAUUGGAAGACUUGACAAAUUGUUGAGAAAUGUUUGUUUAGCUAAAUAUCAAAUUUUCUUUGGAAUCCAGCCAUGCUGAAUUAUUUGACCUUCACUAACAGCAGUUCUAGAACAUGCUAUGCCAUUUGAAAAUUAAUUAGCGCAAAAAGGACUAAUAUUGCAGACAUGCAAAUGCAUUUUCCUCAUAACAUUGGAUUUUGUAUUACUAAAUGUGUUGCAUUUUUUGAUGUUUAUUUAAUUUAAUUUGUUAAGCUGCAUCUGUUUGGAAAUUGCAUGAUAUUUUGGAUGUGAAAUUCUAUCUUAUCUUAUUAGCAAGACCAAAUCAGCUAAGAAUUGGCUUUUGAAGCCCAUAUCAAUUUCAAUACUGUCUUACGAGCUAAAUUGUGUUUGCAGAUGUCUGUCAGUUGUCUGUUCUUUUUACACAAGAAGUCAAGUUGUUAUCAGUCAUGGCCAAUUUUUAGUAUAUUUCCUUUAUUAAACUUCUUAACUUAGCUUUAAUUCAGACUUAUACAAUUAUAUACAAGCAAACACAUUUCCUGGACACUAUGAUUGUCAAGGGAGGCUGUUUUUUAGAUUACAGCACUUAACUGAAUUAUUCAAAUGUAUGCAACAGUAGGCUAUGAUAUAUCAUGCAAUGAGCAAAAGACCUACAAUGUGUCACCUAUGAGAUAAAACUGAGAAAAAAGAACAGUUUCAUUUUGAUGAUAACAGUACUCUGUUGUUGAUCCCUUUCAAUCCCAGAAGAUGAAUUUUAAAACCAGUUUGUGUACAAGGAACAUGACACACAGACCACCUAUAAUCCAUCAUAGGUUGGCAGAAUCUCCAUCUUUUCCUGGAGAUUUAUUCAUUACACUGUGCAAUUAAUACAACAAGACCACACACACAGUUUUCUGAAAAAGCUAUUUUUUGACCUUCUGGUUCAACCUUUCUAUUUUUUUUACCAGCUAGGAUUGGUCAAAAUAAGGUUUUAAUAACUCCUCAAAGUGUGGUCUCCUACUGAGUUAUUUUUCACAUUCAUCAGAACAUAAAUUUAAUAUCUAGAUACACAAUUGUUGUUGUUUUUUUUUCUGUUUUAUAAUUUUUUUGUGAGAAAAAUGUUGCUAGACAAGGUUCUUCAAAUGUUUUUUUUUUCAAUUAAUUCUUCCUUUUAUUUCUCUGGCCUAUUUUCAGGGAACAAUAUUUUAUGAUCUAGUUGUAGGUAUCAUGAACAGUUUUUGAUUAGCUUUUUGACAAUUAAAAUGCAAAUUCUUGCCUGUUCAUUUUCAGAAUUUGCCAGAUGUUUCUUUCCUCAAAUUUGCAAUUCAAACCUCGUCUUUAUUUGCAUCAUAGUAAUUGCUUUUAGUUUUGCUAUCAGAGAGAACUUUGGGGCUAAAUUCCCUUCAACAUGCCCUCAAGAUCAAUCAGGGAAAUAAAAUAUUGUUUGUUUUUAAAACAGAACAGUUUUGCAUCAGCUGUGGCUGAUAACUUUUUUUGCCCUCUAUUCAUAGAGUAGGAAGUUAUUUUGUGGUUGCCAAGUGACAGUAAGGUUUGUUUGCAUUGCACUUACUAAAUCCUGUCUGUUUCUCCAACUCCCUUUGUCUCAAAUUACUCUAACUGGAUAAAUUUACAUGUUUUGAACAAGUAGAUGAAUAAAUAUCAGAUAAUUUCUAUCAUAAAAUGAGAGCUGCUGCUGUUUUUUGACGCAAACUACCCUCAUCUUGUUUAGUGGUUAGUUGUUUGAAUUUGCAAAGAUAAUUGAAAAACGUAGUAGAUUCUGCUUUAUCUACAAAACACUUUCUCACAAACAGAAGAGGUCUUGUUAUUUGUUCACAAUGAUGUUUUGCUUAAUUUGUCUUUAACAGGUUUGUUUUAAGAAUCAGUUGGCUGCCUUAUUGUGAAUUUUCAGAAGUGAAGCAUAUUCUAGGCCAAUCCUAUGCAGUAAUAUUGAUACAGCAAUGUCAAGAAACAUUGAAAUUAUAACAAUUUUCUAAUAAGAGGUAGAGAGUGCAAAUUAGUUAUUAAUAAAUUGUGCCUACAGUUUAAUUUAGGAAGAGAAUCAGACAGUACCUAACAGUGAACAGUGUUCUAUUUUUUUAGACGGUAACUUAUAAUUUACUGCUUCUAGUACCUAAAAUUUCAUGGACUUUUUGGAAAUUCAUCAGGUACAAGGUCACUUGUGCUACUGGUUAGAAAAUAUCUCACUGGUGGAAGGAAAAACUGCAAAAAAAAUACAGAACAAUUCAGUAGUAAUACUGUGAGAAGAAAUUCGAUGGUGGUUACUCGUAGGGUUUGAAGGGUUAAUUCUCAUAAUGCCUGGCUCAUAGAAAAAGUUAACAAUAAUUUUGGUUUAACUUGCUUCUAAUUAUUCUAUCUUUUUCCUUGGGAUGGUUGCUGUUUACAGAUUUAAAAUGCCACCAAUACGUAAAUCAGAGCUGGAUAAGCACGAGAGUCAAUCGCGUCCAUAUCUGAGUAAAUCUGCGGGAGGAUCAAGCUUCAGAACAUCAUUCGAUGAAAGUACCAGAAUCAACUUGAGUAGCAGUUGUUUUAGUGCAAUCAGAACAGAAAAGGGAGACCCUGAUGAUGACUUAACAAGCCUUAACUGGCUGCAAAACAAUGACAUUUUGAAAGGCUUUGAAGUCUCAGCGACCGUGCCGCCUAUGUCCCCUCCCAGGGACAGUAAUGGUGACAUUCUUGAAACCCCUCCCAGAGGGGGUCAGGCAAAAGGACCUCUCUCUCCAGACACUUUGGCCAAUAAACGGAAGAGUCCGUCAAAGCCUCCAUAUUCAUUUUCUUCACUUAUUUUCAUGGCCAUCGAGGAAGCACCUUCAAAAAAGUUGCCUGUAAAGGAUAUUUAUAACUGGAUUAUGGAUCAUUUUCCAUACUUUCGGGACGCCAGACUUGGUUGGAAAAACUCAGUGCGGCACAACCUUUCACUAAACAAGUGUUUUAAGAAGGUUGAUAAGGACAAAGGACAAGUGAGUCAGAUAUUUCAAUUAUUUCAAUCUGCGACAUUUCUAGUUGACAACCGGUGUGGGCAGAACCAAUUAAGGGCAGAUUUUUAGCAGGGGAGGGGGGAGUCAUAGAAGAUGGAAUCUUACUAAUAUUUGAUUUGAAUCAUUACAAAAUUUCAUUUAAUCCUGAACAAGAUCAGGUCACCAUUGGGUGUGGCAUUCUUCUCCUUACAAUGUGAUACCAUUUUUAACCCUUUAACUCCCAUAAGUGACCAAGACAGAAUUUCUCCUUACAAUACUGAUAAAAUAUCAACCCGAUAAGUGACGAGAAUAGAGAAAAAUAUCAAUUUGGGGAUAAUUAGUUGAUCCAAUACUAAAUUCUCUGGACUAACAUUAUAAGGAUUGUAUGGUUGACAGUGAGGAGAAUAACAAAUUUGAUCUGGGAGUUAAAGAAUUAAUUAGAUCCAAAUUUUCUAUCUGAUGUAACAGUUAUCAAAUUCUCACAAGUUGCUCUAACCCCUUGAGGGAUUAUCAAUUGAUCCAAUGCCAAAAUUCUCCACACUAACAUUAUAAGAAUUUUAAGGUAGACAGUGAGGAGAAUUACUAAUGAAAUCUUGGGAGUGGAAGGGUUAAAGAAUAUCAGUAAUGACCCCCCCACUGUGAAGUCAUGUCAUGAAGUCAUCUCAGACUGUCGAAACAGUCUGGGCUGUAGUUUCAUCCCACUUAAAUUCAUGCUUUAUAUUUUAACAUAUUUCAAUAUGAAUAUGUUAGAAUUUUUUGAUAUUAUCGUAAAAAUCAGUUUUCGAUUUAUUUUCUAGGAUUCAUUUGUAAUUUUCAAGUAUUGUAUAGUUUUUUUAAAAUAAUUGCGUAAUUCAGCCUUUGGCUUCAGUGCAGUUUUAAUAAACUAUUUAUCUAUCUUACCUAUAUAUCUAUCUAAGCUUCAGGCUGUUCUGACUGACUAGAGUAGUUUUAUCCACAGAAUGUUGGCAAAGGUUCACUGUGGACUGUUGAUCCUGAGUAUCGGCCAAACCUUCUUCAAGCUUUGAGGAAAACACCUGCUUUUCACCCGUAUCAUCAUCUUCUCACUACGCCUCCCCCUUCACCACAGAAUGGGUCAGGAAGGUAAAAUUGUUGGUUGAUUUGUUAGGCAUUUAAGGCAAGCUGUUUACAUACUGACUGAGUGGGAGUGCUGGAUGGGUAAUACUUAGUUUUAGGUCAUAUCUAGAGUCCAGUAUUUUCCAGUCCUGCCCAACCUAACUAUAAGUAUUCAUCAUGUGAUCACAGCUCUCUCUCGUUUUUCUUCCUUUCUAUUUUCAGCUUGCAACUAGGUUUGGGCAUGGUGCUUUUUCAGGCCCAGUUCUCACCAUCCCAUUUGGCCCUUGUACAGAGAGUUUUUUUCUUAUUUUCUCAGCUGGGCUGCUCAGGUCAUAUGAUAAUUGACUUGUAUGUGAGGAUGGUUACUACUGAAGGGAACAAAUCAAAAAACCCUUGAGUAGGAAUUUGAACCAGCAUGAAAAAACUCAACCCAAAUUUGAUGUGGGUUCCAGCAUUCAAACCAGUUGUAUGUUGUGGGUGCAGCACUCUUUAUCCACUUCCCAGUUCGUGCUCCCAUUAAUUUUAAACAACCACGAAUGUGUGAUAUUAUAAGAUGUCAAUGAUAGGUGUUGUGAUAUCAGGUCCUUUGUCUCUCUUGCAUGUAAUUAAAACUUUUCCUCAAGUUCCUGUAGUUAAGACUUGAAUGUAGCUUUGUUUGUCUUGAUGUAAAUUGCUAUUCAAAGAAUUGUUUGUUCUGAAUCUUUUUUUUUGUUUGUUUGAUUUUUUCCUUUACAACAGUUCACUUGGAAAAAAUAGUGGUAAGUAAGCAACUUCUACAUUUCUUUUUAGUUUAAAAUCUAAAAAAUAAACAGAAAAAGGCCAACUGGAAUGGUUAUCUGUCCAAUGCCAAAAAACAAAAGGAGAGGUGAUGUUACUACAUAUCUCCAAAGAAGUUGUAAGAGUCACCCUAACAUUUACUGUAAUCAAAGCCUUAGAAACAAUGAUUUUACGCUUGCAGGUAAAAUUGAAGUUGACCCAGAUGCUGAAGCAGAAGCAGUGGCAACAAUUUGCAUGAUAAGCACACCUCCUGAAAUACGUGUCGCAGAGAGUAAGUACAUCUUCUCCUUAUCAGUGCCAUAGGAAAUGCAGAGAGAACAGUAUAGAGAAUGUAGAUAUUGAUGUUAGGGUGUAAGGGGUUGAAAAUUAUGAAAUAGUGAAAUGAUAGUGUAUGGGUGAAGUCCCAGAGGCUAAGUAACCUGUGUCUGCAGGAGCCUAUCUGCAGCUUUUCAGCAUAAAAUGACUGGGAUGAGAUACUCGUUUGUUACAGGGAAUCAAACAACAUUUGGUCAGGGUUUCUCGGCAGUUCACUGGUACCCAUUUGUAACACAAAGGUCUUCUCAGGGCUAUAAAACACAAACAACUUGAUCUAGAGUCCUGGGACAGGUUGUUUGAAAAGGGAUCAACAUUAAUCUAGGAUUAAAAUUUAUCUUAAGCUUUCAUUCCUUAUGUAGAAAAGCAGGUUUAAGAGCUAAGGCUUUGUUAGGCCUUGUCUCAUUAAGACUCAAAACUAACAGGAAAAAAAAGACAAAAGAAAAAUCCCUUUGCAGAGUCAAAAACAAACUUAAAAAUGUACACUAAUCCCAGGUUAGAUUAACCAUGUUUUGUAAAAACUGGCCCUGGGGUUAAACUGCAUUUCUUCUUCCACAGUGUGUUGGGUGUUCAGAAAAAGAUUAGGGUGAGGUUUAAUGCUCCUUCCAAAAUACUGAAAAGUAUGCCCUGAGUUGCCUCCUGAAACCAUUGUCAGUUUGACUCGUGGAUAUGAUAAGCAUAACAACAUGUAAUGUGAGGAUUCCAUUUGCAAAUUAUUUGGCAUCCUUAGGAGUCUGGAGGAGGGCAGGCAUCUUGAUUAAGAUGACAAAUCCAUUAUUAUGUUUAGGGGAAGGAAAAAGACUUUUGUGGGGAUGAUGGCUCAAUUCUGUUUCUUGGAAUCACAGGAUCAUUUGAGUUAUGAGUUAUCAAUCAGUUACUCUCUUUUAUAAUCAUGUGUGGCACAGGAUAUCCAUAAAUUCACUAUAAUGUCACUUUGAUUCCAUUUUGCCAAUUUUUUUUUCUUUUUUUGUUAACCAUGUAGUCAUUAGUUAGUUAGGAAAGGAACAAGGAAAAAACAAAAAAUGCCACACCUGAUGACUAUGUGUUAACCCUUUAUACCCUAACAUCAACAUGCAUAUUCUCCAUACUGUUCUCUUGACAUUUCCUAAGGUGCUGACAAGGAGAAUUUGUUUAUCAAUCAAGAGAAUAUUAAGUUGGUGUCAUUCCCUUUGUUCUCAUGACGGUACUGUGUGAUGCAGAGGUUAUACUGUUGGGAGAAAAUAGAUGCUAGUGACUCUCAGGUGUAAAAGGGCUAAGGUAUUUACAAAGUGUGUUUCCUUAUUUCCCAGUGGUACGAUGCCAAUCAUGUCCCCCUUCAGAGACGGACAGAGAGGAGUUGCUUGUUAAACAAGCCAAAGAAUUCCUCUUCAGACACAGAGGUUCAUUUUCUGGGUCGGUUUCUAUGGCAAAGGAUAGGACCUCAUCCUUGCUCAUAGAUACCCACAGAAGGUGAGGAUGUCAGGUUUUUAAAAAUCCAUAUGUACAGAAUUUCUGCAAGUGAACAGUAUUCCAUGUAUAAGCCACUGAUAUUGUGUAUUUCGUUGUGAAACACAGGGAGAAUUUGUAGUUUCAUCAUAAGUCACAUACAGCUCAGUAUCUUGUGCACUCUUCUGACUGUUCAGCUGCAUACUUUUGUUUACUUAUGAAAAGGUAUCAUUCUUUUAACAAAACUUUUAAGAAGUUGAUGUAUUUUUUUCUUUUAAAGAAAUAGUGUCAAAGCUGGUCUGUCUGCAUCUCUCAGUAAGAUUGAUUCUGUGAAGCUGAGGAACGACAUUUCACCGGAUUCAUCCCUGGAUGGUGAGUUUGAAUUUGAUCACCAUGAUGAUUCGGAUGAUGAUGAUGACAGCGAAAUUGAGGAGACCAUGGAGAAGGUUGUCAAGGAUGAAUUGAAUGACAGGCUGAGUGACAGUGGUUACGGCCAAGGACUGGAAGAUGAGAUAGAAGGCAAGAGGGCGGCUAGCAAGGAUAGGCCUGCAUCACGGAAUAAACGGGGCCGCAGAGACAGCACUAUGGAAAAACUGAAUGAUAUUGCUGGUGCAGAUGCACUGCUGGAACUGGCCAACUCGGCUUUUGUGCCAUCACCUCGUGUCACGUCAGCCACACCCAGUCCUGUUCCAGAAGGUUCCCCUACAGCUGUCAGCUAGUACUUGUACAGUGAGAGAAUAUUACAAUCAAUUUACUGGUCAAAUUACUGGCAUUUUGGUUUUCUGCUUUGAUGAACUCUAUCAGAGAUAUAACCGUGUACACUUCAGCUGUACAUUCGCCAUAGACUGUAUGUUGCGGAACAACUCUGGACUGGUGAGAUUAAAACGAUUUCUCGUCAGUGCCACGAGUCAGUUGAGAGUUGUUAUGAAUUUUUAUUUGCCUGAGUAGCAAAUGGGGCAGCAUGGUUAAUAUACCAGAAAUAAUGCAAAUGGAAGGGUUUGCUUGAUUUGCUAGCAGUGCAGUACUUGGUCAAAACUUAGCAACUCAUUAAUGUGAAAGUUGUUCCUUCCAAAAGGUCUCUAAAUCAAAUUUUAUAAUUGCUUGGUAGUUUUCCAUUGAAUGGUUACAGGCAAGGGUUUCAUUGAGAGAACUUAAAGGUUAAAAUCAUCUUUUGCAGCAUGUUGAAUAGUGCAAAGGUAACUUUAAUAUUCAAAAAGGUCAAUCUAGAUUGUAACACAUUAGCAGAUGGAAGAAGUUUUGUGGACACAGUCUUUCAGGAUUUGUAGGAUGGAAACAUUGAUUUGGGGCUGAGUAAAAAAUUUUCAUCACAAUGAAAACUUGGAUACAAAAUUUGUCAAGGGUUUAUUAUUUGAUUUUUUAUAUUUUAUCUAAAAAUAACAUGCAUAUGGCAAUGAUAUUUGAAAUUAGGGGCUGUUGCAGCUGUAAGUUUACAUGGAAAAAAUUUGAUAUGUCCAUAAAAAAUGUUAUGUUGAAUUUAAUGGUUAUGGGAGUAGUUUUUAACCCUUUAACUCUUAGAUCAAAUUUGUAAUUCUCCUUACUGUCAACCAUGCAAUUCUUACAAUGCUAGUUCAGAGAAUUUAGUAUUUGAUCAACUAAUUAUCCCCAAAUUGAUAUUUUUCUUUAUUCUCAUCUCUUAUCUGGUUGAUACUGUAUUGAUAUUGUAAGGAGAAAAUCUGUCUUGGUCACUCAUGAGAGUUAAAGGGUUAAGGGAGAUUUUGCAACAGUCAUACUUUUUUUAUUGUAAGUUUUUGUUACUUAUUCUUGAUUAGAUUGAGGUGAACGACAAAACAUAUUCCAGCUGGGAGAAAAACUGAAAAAAAAAAAAGAAAAAUAUGUAGCAAGGGUUAAUUUUAUAAACAAAGUAUAUAAAGCGGUUUUGGAAAUAUCAAAGUCAAUACUUUUUUUUUUAGAAUUUAAAUUACCAAUUUUGUAAUUUUCGACUAUCAGGAAAACGAUGGGUCAUAUCCCUAAUAGAGAAUUACUUCGGUCAUGUAAAUAUUUCAGGGUGCCCUGUGGACAUAUUUAAUGAUGGAUAAAAUUAAGUGAUUCGUUAUGGAACAAUCUUUUAGAUUAUUAUUAUCUCCCUCUUUCUGUGCUAAUUUAAAGAUAGGGAAUGUCUGAAAUGAUAUUCAAGCAAAGAUGGCAAGGUGAGCUUGUCAUGAAUUCAAACAAUUUUUGAAUUAUGCUUUUACGAGAAGUACUAAAGACAGUUGUAUUCAUUGAAUGUUAUGCCAUCUCAGCCGGGUCAAAGUUCAGAGGAGAAGAAUCUUAGCAUCUUUUGUUGACUAAGGUCAUGUGUCCCUUUAAAGAAGGGGUUCGCAGAAUGUUACAAUUAUGGUUCAAGUACUUUGGCUUGGACCAAUCAUUUCUAUGUUUCAAGUCUGUCUUCUGCGUGGCUGGAAACACGACUAAUGAAACUUUGGUGAAUUUCUCUCUUUCCAGAUAUUUUAGGCCGAAGUUAGAUUGCAUUUCCUUUGAAUGACAAUCAUGGCAAGAGGUCAUUUCUCUGAAUACAAUUGUUUUAAAAUUUCAACGAAUACUUUUUUCGUUUUAAGCGCACAGAUGUAAAGUAAAGUUAUUUCAAAAAAUGUACCCGAUGUCAGACAACUUCGGAAAAUCUAGUUGCAGAUUCGAUCCAUUCGUCGUGCAGCCCAAUUCGCAAUCACAUCAUGAUCUUUCGAAGACUCCUCGGUAUCUUUCGCCAAUUUUUGGAAAUUUCCGAUCCGUAAAUUUCAUUAGUUACAAUUUGUACCGUCGUAGGACGAUUUAGUUCCUGACCGGUGGCCUUUUCGGUGCGUCGUGUCAUCCCAAGAUGCAGUGCGUCAUCUCAAGAAGCAGUUAAUAAUUUUCUCUUUUUGUUAGUAAACCUUCGACCGCUCAUAUUCGUAGUUCUUAGUUGAAGAAUUAUUUUUGGAGCUCUAUUUUGGUAAUUACGUCAAAAAAAAUAUAUCUUUAGAAUCAUUAGAUGUCGUUUUCGCAUACGUAUCGGUGAGUUUCGAGAACCACAUGUAGGAAUCAACAAUCAUUCGUAUUUUAUAUAAGAACAAAGUUUAUUACCAGGAAGGAAGAAUUUAAACCAAAGAGGUAUUCAAAUGGACGUAAAUUGGUAGAGUGGGUGAUCCUUUAGUCAAUAGGCAUCGAGAGAAAAAAAAUCAUUACCAAGUUGUAGUUACUGUUGAUUAGAUUAAUGUAAAUAAAGUUAAAAUUGCAG